UCUUUGCUGCUGAUCAAUAAAACAAUUUUAAAUAAUAUUUUCAUGGCUAGCUAGACAAUAAAUUAAGCAAUGUUUCCCACAAUAUUAAGACGAUGUUUAUUUCUUCAAAAUAGGAUGGGCAGAUCUCAGUUUCCAACACAAAAGAGAUGGAUACAAGUAACUUUAGGUUAGAAAAUUGUUUAUACUUUACCGGAGAAAAGACGUCCCGUUCGUUCGUAUGGCUGGUAUAAUUGAACUUCUCAAAUGACAGAAGAAUCUUUAUAAGUGAUACAGUGCCCAAAUUCACACGUGGCAAAGUAUUGUACUCGUAUAUUAUUGGCAAAGUUUAUAGCAUCAAUUUCAUCUUUCUAGGUCUAAGACAUGGAGAAUACGAAUGGCAAGAUCCGAAGUCAGAAGAUGAAGUUGUAAAUAUUACAUAUGUUGAUAAAGAUGGAAAGAAAACUAAGGUCAGAGGCAAAGUCGGAGAUAAUGCAAUGUAUUUAGCACACAGAUAUGGAAUAGAAAUGGAAGGUGCUUGUGAGGCAUCAUUAGCAUGUACAACAUGUCAUGUUUAUGUACAAAGUGAAUAUUUUGACAAACUACCUCCAUCCGAAGAGAAAGAAGAUGACUUGUUAGAUAUGGCCCCAUUCCUAAAAGAAAACUCAAGAUUAGGUUGUCAAAUUACACUUACCAAAGAUUUAGAAGGUAUGGAAUUAAAAUUGCCUAAAGCUACAAGGAACUUUUAUGUAGAUGGACACAAACCUACACCUCAUUAGGUAAAACUGACAAAGAGCAGAGGAAAUUUGAAUUUGCAGAUCAAUCAUUAUUCAACAUAAUUUAGUCUCAGGAAAUGAAAAUGUUACUUAAAACAAUGCUAAGUGUUAUCAGAUUUAAAUA